AGCGCCAGUCUUUCCUGUUUUGCGCUCGUGUUCGUUCAGUUCGAUUUCAACUGUUGACGUGUUUGCAAGCGUGUUAUCGGCGUGCGUCCGCUCGUUUCGUUCGUAUUUUGCUAUCGAUUCUCGUCUCGCCGCGACAACAACAAAGAAAGCUCGAAAAACGCGUCGGCAAAAAUUCACAGAAAGCGAUCAAAGUGUACCAAAAAUUAACAACAAAUCAAAUCAUUGAAAGAAAAACCCAGUAAAAACAAGCAGUGUGAUUAAAACAGUGUGCUUAAAAUAUAGAUAGAGAGCGAUUGAGUUGUUGAGUUGAGUGUUUCCUUUGUACAUGAAAAAUGCAUAGCCAUCACUAAACAACGAGCCAAAAACUAAAAGCGAAGAGCACCCGACCGCAGAGGGACAUAGAACCGCCCGCCCGAUUCCUUCCCCCCCUCGGUAGAACAGAAAAACAUUCAAGAUUAUACUCGAAAUGGAUAUGACCUCAACAGCGGAGGCUGCCGCUCGCAGCUGGUACGAUAGUCCGCGCUUAGGCGGCGGCGGCGGCUCGUCGGGCGGCGGCAAUGGGGGCGGCGUAUCGCCCCAAACGAACGGCCUUGGCAGCGCCGGGAGCAGCCUGGCCCACAGCCACCACAGCCUCUCCAGCGGCGCCAGCUCGGCGGGCAGCAGCGUGGGCGUGGGAGCCGCCCUCGGCGGCGGCGGCGGAUCCGGACUGGACACCAGCGACAUGAGCGCCUUCUACGCGCUGGAGAGCAACGGACACCACCGGCGCUACUAUCCCAGCUACCACCAGCACACAUCCCGCAUGCCCUCCACCCAUGCCUCGCCCCAAGUGUGCCGGCCGCACUUCCACACCCCGCUGAGUCCCUGGCUGACCAGCGAGCACAAGUCCUUCGCCCCCGCCAGCGCCUGGAGCAUGGGCCAGUUCGCCUGCCCCCAGGAGCCGCAGGUGGAGCACAAGCUGGGCCAGAUGGGCCAGAGCCACCAGACGACGGCCGCCGGCCAGCACUCGUUCCCCUUCCCGCCGACGCCGCCAAAGGACUCCACGCCCGACUCCGUGCAAACCGGUCCAUCCGAGUACCAGGCCGUGAUGAACGCGUUCAUGCACCAGCAGGCCACGGGCUCUACCUCACUAACGGACGCCAGCUGUGCGCUGGACAUCAAGCCGUCUAUCCAGAACGGCAGUGCGAGCGGAUCCUCCGGCAGCGGCACCACCCACACGUCGACGCCCAAGCAGCGCGAAGGUACAGCCAGCUCCACUAAUUCCAGCUCCAACUCUAGCAGCAGUCAGCAGCAGCAGCAGCAGCAGCAACAGCAGCAACAGCAGCAGCAACAGCAGCAGCAGCAGAGUAGCAGCAACACCACCGCCAGCAGCAACACAUCCGCCUCGUCCGCCGCCGCAGCAGCAUCCCUGUCCGCCGCCGUAGCCGCCUCCGCAGCCACAUCCUCGAACGGAUUGUUCGACGGAACGGCGCAGGCGUACAGCAGCGGGGGUGGUGGAGGCGGCGGCGGCGGCGGGGGCAGCGGCAGCGGUGGCUACGACACCAGCAGCUAUGCCUCCUAUCACCAUGCGGCGGCGCAUCAUCAAGCGGCCGCGGUGGCGGCGGCGAAUAUGUUCCAAAGUUCCUCGGUGGCCGCGGCUGCAGUGCGUCACAGCAUGGCCGCGGCACAGGCGCAGGCGCAGGCGCACCACCAUCACCACCACCACCACAGUGGACACCAUCACGGCGGCAGCUCGUCCGGACUGCAUGGGCUGGGCGGCUCGGUGGGCGGUACCGCCGGCAUGGGCAGCCUGAGCGGCAACAGCGGCGGCGCGGGCUCGCUGAGCGGGCACAGUGGCGCCGGUAGCAAUGCGGGCAGAAAUUGCCUGGACGUCAAGCCCGUGCGGACCAAGCCGCGGACCAGUGCUGAGGGACGCGAGUGUGUGAAUUGUGGCGCCACAUCGACGCCACUGUGGCGACGCGAUGGAACGGGACACUAUCUGUGCAACGCCUGUGGCCUGUACUACAAAAUGAACGGCCAGAACCGACCGCUGAUUAAGCCAAAGCGAAGACUGACCCUGCAAUCGCUGCAGAGUGCGGCCAAAAGGGCGGGCACAUCCUGCGCCAACUGCAAGACCACAACCACAACCCUUUGGCGACGCAAUGCCAGCGGCGAACCCGUGUGCAACGCCUGCGGAUUGUACUACAAGCUUCACAAUGUCAAUCGUCCACUCACCAUGAAAAAGGAGGGCAUUCAGACGCGUAAUCGCAAGCUGAGCUCCAAGUCCAAGAAGAAGAAGGGUCUCGGUGGUGGCUGCCUGCCAAUCGGUGGCCACUUGGGCAUGGGUGACUUCAAGCCGCUGGAUCCCUCGAAGGGAUUCGGCGGUGGCUUCUCCGCCUCCAUGGCACAACAUGGACACCUCUCAGGCGGACUGCAUCCGGCACAUGCGCACAUGCACGGCAGCUGGUACACCGGCGGCAUGGGCGCUUUGGGAGCCUCGAGCGGACUGCAGGGCGGCUUCUCCACCGCCGGCUCUCUCAGCGGAGCGGUGGUGCCCCACUCGCAGCCCUACCACUUGGGUCUCAGUUCGAUGGGCACCUGGCGCACUGACUACACGUGAUGGAGCGGGAACAACCUGAACAACAAUCUGUUCAGUUAGAGCCGCAAACUUGCCCCACGCCUGAAUCGAAUUCUUCGAGCAGCAAAUGGAGAUGGAGGUGGCCUGGAGACACAACCAAGCAAGACAACAAGAAGUAAACUGACAAAACACAAUGCCAAACUGAGGACUCCUUGGCCAGCAAUUGACAGUGGCACCGAGCCCUUGACAUCCCAGCAAAAUAAAUAAUAAUCCAAUGGAGUGUGGGUGGUGUGGCAAACUGGACGAACGCUGGCUAUUCCUAAUUGUAAACAUUGCGUGCAAUUUUUAAUUAUUUAAGCUUUGUCGCUGUUGUUGCUGCUGAUGUUGUUUGUUGUUUGGCGAGGCAAAAGCCAAAAGGCGAGAGCCGGCAGCAAUAACAAAAGCCCCAUUAAAAUUAAUUAAAGGGCUGCACAUUACUUUUAUUUUAUUUUUCCUUUAUGGCUUUUCUGUGAGUGUUUGUAUAGUGUUUCCUUAUGUUUCAUAUUUCGCUUAAUUAAUUUAAUUUCUCGCCGCAAAUUCAGCGUAUUUAAUUGUGCUUUAUGAACUGCCAUAAAAACAGAAUGAGUGAAUGCGAGGGGAAAUUUCAUAAAUAUUUAUUGUGUACAUAUAACAGAAAACGAGAAUCAAGCACACAGAGAACUAAAAUUAUUAUAUACAAUAAACAAUAAACAGUUACAAUGCACGUCCAAAAAUAAACAUUUUUGUAUAAAUUAAAAGAUAAAAGAAAAGAUCGUAGAUGUAAGUGAAGUUGCUUGUCCUAAUUCGCAAAAUGCAAUUGAAAAUUGCACAAAUACUUUAGAGCGUAUGCCUACUGUAAACUAGUAAAAUUCUUAGACUCUAAACAAAACAGACGUGAUAAACAAAAAGUAAAAUCUAUAUAUAAAUAUUAACAUAACAAAUUUCACUAGGGCGCGCCAGUAGCAAUUGUAAAAUAAAUUUAACAUUAAUAUUACAGUUAAGGAG